CGAAGGGUCGAUAGACGAAAAUUGCAUAAUGUCAUCACCGGCGGCGGCGUUUGAAGAUGUUCGGCCUGUAGAAAACUCACCUAGGAAAUGUGAAAAGACUCGUUACCGAAAAGUUUUCUCUCAAGUUUAUGCUUGGAAGACAGUACAGCGUACCUUGCAGGAUUUAGAGACAGCAAGGCAUGUCUUCUUCAGCGCCGGACUGCAGCGGUUCUGGAGUAGAAGGCCAAGAUGAUGGAAAGAAAUUGAAGAGAGCGGCUUCAAGUCCUUCCUCAAGUUGCGGAGCACGUAACUCAUCGGCCUCGACAGAAAACUCCCCCUCUGCAGUUACUAUCAACCUCAGACGAGAGUACACCCGUGCCGUUCAGACCAACUCCUACAACGAGAUGUGGUCGAUAAUCCACCGUCCAAAUGGACAAGGAGAGGUAGAGGGCGGUGGUGAGGAGAUUCUCAGGCCUGAUCGGGCUUCCGUCGAGGAGGUCAUCCGCUUGGCUCGACCAACUCGUCUCACCCGCCUCGUAUCCCGUUAUCUCGAAAGCAGCGAGCUGGCCUCUGACCUAUUAGUCUCGCUCCGACGCUCCGUAGACCUUGCCCGCGAAAUCUAUGCUCCGAUUUCCUUGCUUCUGGAAGUUCUCCCUGCCGCUUCCCCGAUCCCCUCGCCGGCGCAAUCCGUUCGUCCACUUCUGUCCUUACCGCAGUGCGACUGUGCUUUCGACGCAUUCGUCGACUUUGACCGCCGGGAGAAUCCCUUCCAAUGCGACGUGGACGGCUUCGGUGACAUCCGUGACUCUUUCGCCGUUCUGAAGCAGCAGCUUGGACUGCGUCUACUGAAAGCCCGACGUAGGCAUCGCUUCCUUCGCCAGGCCACCAUCGCCUCUGCGACAUGCCUAGUGUUGUCGGUCACGGGGGCCGUUGCAACUGCGCUUGUCCUCGCCAGCCAUGCGCUACUGGCGGUUGCGGCGUUUGGGCCCGUGGCGUUGUGCUGCGGUGGUAGUGAUGUGCUGGCUGGAAGGAGGCGGCAUCAGAAGGAGCGGAUAGAUGGGACGGACGAGGCCGCGAGGGAGACUUACGUGCUGGAUAAACAUAUUAGCACGGUUGAGCGGCUGGUAGCGAGGUUGCACGCGACGGUGGAGAGCGAUAAGGUUUUGGUGCGGCUGGGGCUUGAGCGAGGCCGGGGUCAGAUUUACCCCAUCCAAGAAGUGGUGCGCCAGAUUCGGAAGAACCAUUCAAGCUUCCGACAUCAGCUGACGGAUCUCGACGAGCACGUCUGCCUCUGUAUGGCUGCACUCAACCGUCUCAGGAGCCUUCUUUUCCACCAAAUAAACCAUUUCAAAUCAACUGGCUAAGAUCAUUGGAAUAUGGAAGGCGACGGAUUUAGUAGCUUUUAUCGACCCCAUUUAUUUCAACUACUGCUUCCAUUAUUCAAUGCUUCAACUCCCUUUCAAAUAAGACAUGAACAUAACUCAAACAUCGCCGUAUUCUCGGCUUCUUUUUUACCGUAUCCAAUGGGCUGAGGUUUUCUUACUCUGGAGCUCGCGAUUGUCGAGGCUUGAACAAGUGUUUUUGAAGAACUACUGAAUAGCGAACCUACAGGAGAUUGAACAGCGUUUCUUAAUUCAGAGAGAGGGUUGAUAUUCUCGGGACAAGGAAGUUAAAGCUAUAUUUUAUGUUAUGGACAGAUCUUCGGCAUACUUUUGAUGUGAUUAAAGCUUGCAACUCAGAUAAGCGCGACUAAACCAUUGUUAGCUUUAUGAUGGUUAGAAAGGCGUUCUUUUACUUGAAUUAACAAAUAGAUUUAAUCAUUUUGAUUGUAGGCAAUCUAGUUGACAAGUAUUGUUAACUAAUCAUCUACUUUUUAGCAAGUUAGUUUGAUUCAUGUACAAUGAGAAGCUAUCUCAGUGAACUUGAUGGCAGUGAAGGGUUUAAAUUACAAUUUCAAAUUCAUUAACACUAAGGAAAGCUUGUAGCAUGCUUUCAGGACAACAUAGCCUUGGUCAGGCCCAAUCUAUUAUUAAUUUGUUGCAAAUUUCUUGGGUCUAGAUGAUGUGGUGGCGGGCUUUAAUUUGUCCUAGGAGAUAGAGCUGACCCAUGUUGGAUUGUCUUACCACCAGAUAUGCCAAUUUGAAAGCUUCAUCCAGUUGGGUAGUUUGAGAGAAGUUCAUGCCAUAUGAUUUAUUUUUGAAAAUAAUGACACUGUCAAUCUCUUGGAGGAGGCAGUCAAUGAGCCCUUUGAAGCACCUAAGAGCAAUGGGAUAAAGCAACAAAGGGAGAUAAUAGAAAGAGAGAAAUUUGGUGAUGGAGUUCAGGGGAGAGUGAUGGAUUGUGUCGGCAGAGUCCAAGGUGUGUCAUUGAGCUUCGAAUUGUGACAUUAGUAUGUUGAUGUUGAUUUCAUGGUGUUUAUUUUGUAUCCGUUCAUUUAGCUAUUAAUUUGGCUGGGCAGAGUUCCAGGUGUGAUCAAACAUGCUUGACUGUCCUGCUUCUAGACUGGAGUGGUCAGUGGUAUCUCCACCUUCAGCCCCAUAAUUGUUAGAUUUCUUGAUGCUUUAAAUAUUCAGUUAGAACCAUUGCUCAAUAUAUGAUGAACGCUUGCAUUGUAUUGUUGCAGUAAUAAAAUUGUAGAUUUACUCU